CUGCGCGCGCUGCCGGACGAGGCUCCCGCCGCCGAGCACCCGCGCUCCGCCCUGUGGCCGGGCCGGCACCCUGGUAGCUCAUGUCAGAAGAAAGUGACUCUCUGAGAACCAGCCCUUCUGCGGCCUCACUUUCCGAAAAUGAGCUGCCGCCACCCCCCGAGCCGCCCGGCUACGUGUGCUCGCUGACGGAAGACCUAGUCACCAAAGCCAGGGAGGAGCUGCAGGAGAAGCCGGAAUGGAGGCUGCGCGAUGUCCAGGCCCUCCGGGACAUGGUGCGGAAGGAGUAUCCGAACCUGGGCACCUCGCUCGACGACGCCUUCCUCCUGCGUUUCCUCCGCGCCCGCAAGUUUGAUUACGACCGGGCGCUGCAGCUCCUGCUCAACUACCAUGGCUGCAGAAGGAGCUGGCCCGAAGUCUUCAACAACCUGCGGCCAUCGGCCUUGAAGGACGUCCUGGAGUCGGGGUUCCUCACAGUGCUGCCCCACACCGACCCCAAGGGCUGCCACAUCCUCUGCAUCCGCCCAGACAGAUGGAUACCCAGCAGCUAUCCAAUUACCGAAAACAUCCGAGCCAUAUACUUGACGUUAGAAAAACUCAUUCAGGCUGAAGAAACCCAGGUGAAUGGCAUUGUGAUUCUUGCGGACUACAGAGGAGUGAGCUUAUCAAAGGCAUCUCAUUUUGGCCCUUUUAUAGCCAAAAAGGUGAUCGGCAUCCUCCAGGACGGUUUCCCCAUUCGGAUAAAAGCAGUCCAUGUGGUGAACGAGCCUCGGAUAUUUAAAGGCAUUUUUGCCAUCAUAAAACCGUUUCUGAAGGAGAAAAUAGCAAACAGAUUUUUCCUCCAUGGAUCUGACCUGAACUCUCUCCACAUGAACCUUCCGAGAAGCAUUCUCCCCAAGGAGUAUGGGGGCACAGCUGGAGAACUGGACAUCACUUCCUGGAACGCAGUGCUGUUGGCCUCGGAGGACGACUUUGUGAGAGAGUUCUGCCAGCCGAUGCCUGCCUAUGACAGCAUCCUGGGCCAGGCCCUGCUGCCCGAGGGGCUGGCCUCGGAGGCGCAGUGUGAUGACUCCAUGCGGGCUGUGAAAUCACAGCUGUACUCCUGCUACUAGUCCCCUGGGAGGGUCAUCUUCUUUGAAUCCUUUCCUUUUUACUUCGGAGAGGCAGAAGGCGAACUUGAGGUGCCAUGGAGUCUAUCUCGCCCCUCAUAAUGGAACUGCAGCUUGAAGGAAAGGCCUGUUGAGCUUUGAAGGGUCACCAGGUGAGCCACAGCUACCAGAUUACUCCUUGGGAGACAUGGAAAACGUACCCAGUGAUUUGCAAACAUGUGGAAUCCCACUUUGCAGCCAUUAAUCUGGAAACUGUAUUUGGUUCUUAUGCAUCCUAAAGCAAGAAAAAAUCAGCACCAAAGUUUUGUCGAUCCCACGUUCCAGAAGAAAAUACUCUGAUGUGUUAGCACAUUCCUCUCAAACUAGGUGGCCACACGUGAGACUUUGGGAGGGUAUCUGUCCCAUGAGCCCUAACUCUAGACCUCUGGUGCUGAUCAGGAAAAUUCAAGGCCGGGCUCCAGUUGCCACUUCGGGGUUCGGAAAGCACCUUAAUGAUUGGGGCUAACAUCGGGAUUUUAGCAGCACUCCCCGAUCAAAGCUGGGAGCCGGAGACUUCAAAGCACCUCUGGGAUUCAUUGGUUGAAUCUUGCAAUAGAAACUGAAGUUUUCCCAAACCCAUAAAGCCUUAGCCCUGGUUCUCAAUAGAAUCAUACAGGAUCCUAGAAGUAUGUGAUUUCCUUAGCCAAACAUCCUGGACGCCAGGCCCAUGUGAAAGAAAUCUGGCACAAGAACUAAGGGGCCUUCAGCCCCAGAUGCGUGACUGUGGACAAGAUGCAGAACUCUGGACCACAGCUUUCUCAUCUGUAAAAGGAGGCUGGGUGAAAUGAUGCCCAGGCCCUUUUGGCUGCUGGGUUGUGGGGUUAGGUUUAGUGACUGAAUGUUCAACAUGGCUCUCUGCCAAGCAAGGUCACUCUCUGGAUGCGAGUGGCUGGACUCUGACUUUGUGGCAGCUGGGCCUUUCUAAGGACAUGUCACCAUCUGGCCCUGCCUUUAAAGAAACUAGUUUAUGUAUUCCUGGGACUCAGUGACACACAUGAAGGCUGUCAUGUGAGUUAAACUUUGUGAGAGCAGGUGAGAUGACCAGGAUCUUGUAUGAAUUCCUCCCCUCCCCAAGACUAGUGGUAUCUUGUAAACCUGGCGACAGGGAAUGGUUAAAUUAUUUGGGAUUGUUAAAUUCUGGUCUCUGGAAAUGAAUGCAAGGGCAGGUUAUUGCUGGUCAUUUCUGGGACCGCUGCCCUCCCAAGUCCUGUGGUGUCUGCAGCCAGACUGAAUGUUAGUUCUGCAUUUCCGCACUUUAGACCCCUUCCGUCAGGAACCUAGCCUUAACCGCAGCAUCCAAGUAGGUAGUUCCUCUGAUGGCUUUUGACCUAUUUCCUUUCAUACUCAUUCCCGCAGAUUAUGGUGUUAAAAGUGGCAAGUGCUGUGUGUUGCGUGUGUCCUCCGUGCAUCUGUUAGAUUCCCCAAGCGAGGUAGACACCUCGGCACGGAAGAGAGCUGUCCUCUGACAUUCCAAAGCCAGCCUGUUGCUCAUCAUUAUAGCGCUUUUAAAAUUGCCUGAGAAGACGUGGUGGUGGAACUUAACCUCAUUAGUGCCAAGUCCAGGAGAGUUCUUUCAGCCCAGAUACUGGCCCUGGGUGCUCCAGGGACCUGGAGGAGCCGCAAGUGCCACACUCCUGGCUGCCUCUGCUUCUGUCCUGCAUGAUGGCGUGGCCCGCACUGCUGAAGGGUCUGAACAGGACCAGCAGGCUCCAAACCCAGCUACCUGGAUGGGAGAUUGGUUAGAAGCUUUCAUAGGCCCCCAGGGAAAGAGAUUUUAAGAAACAACAGUACAAAAGCUAGACAAAGAGGAGCAAUCUGCUUAGACCCACCAAGUUCCUGAGGUCCAGGCUGUCCAUGGCAUUCCUGGCCAGGUGCCUUUGUAUGUGUGACUGAACAGAGUAGACGACUGAGCUGGCCUAGAGAAUUCUCUAAAAGGCCAGGAUGUUGCCUGCUCCCCAGGCCUUUCCAGUGGGACUAAGAAGCCGUUUCCUCCUGCUUUGAAAGGAGUCAGGGCCAUGCUCUGUGCCUCCUAGAGCCGCUGGGCUUUGUUUUGAUGCCAGUUGAUCAAAUAGUUGUGUCACCUCAUGCAGAACCAAGUUGUGAAAGCAGGAACCCCUGGGGUUACUAUCAAGCCUGCCUCUUGCGGCUUCUCCAGGCUGUGUAUCAGGUGGAGCCAGCUGGGGGGGGGUGGGGUGCAGUGACCAAAGGGAGCACCCAGUGAGCUGUACUCAAUAGUGGGAACACCCGCAAAGCAAACAAGUGCUCGAGGGGAGGAUUGGGGCAUUUUCCAUUUUCCGCCAGUUCUGGUCAGUUUCACAAACAUCUGCCACUUAAGCUUUCCCGGAUUUCAGGGUUGUGUCGUAUAGGAGAGGCAAAGGAACAAGAAAGCAGGAGACCCAAGUCCAGCCUUAGUUGCUGUAUGGCCUUGGGGGAGCCUCUGUGUCCUCAGUGACGGGGCUACACGCAGAGCCAAGUCCUCUGUUCCCGGUGCCUAAGUGGCUGUACUGUACUAGCUGAGGCUGCUUCCUUUUCCUCCCUGAUCUAUUUUUUGGGAAAUUUAGGUCUGGAUGAAUUGUUCCCUAAAGCUUCCAAUCUGUCAGAAUCGGUAACCUGGGGGGUGAGGGAGGGGGUGGUGUUUCUUCUUCCUCUUCCUGGAAUCCUGUUCUUUCUGGGAAGAGGCGGGAAGAACUCUACAAAAACAGCGGGACGUGUAGUCCUGGUUCACGUGAGUUGCUGCUUUGCUCGUGGUGAAGGGGCUUUUGGCUCCCUCAUUCCUUCCACUCUCACCUGGAGCCACCUGUCCCCAGAGAUUUAUAAACACAAGCUUACAGUAGACGACGUUUCUGCCAGAAACCCUGUCAGGGCAAGAAACCUUUUCCCUGAACUCCUCUGGACUACUGAGCAUUUCAAAGUUCUCCCUGGGUAGGCAGUUUCUUUAAACGUCAUGUGAUUUUCAGAUCCGUGUGGGAUUGCUUCUCGUGGGUAGGCGAAAGCUAUCGUCCCAUUGCGGCAUUAUCAUAAUACCUCAUUUUAAAGUUUCAGCUUUUAAGGUUUUCCUUUGGAACCACUUCUUUCAUCUAGGAAGUAAAGUGUUAGCUAAGCUAAAGAUACCCAUCCUGUGGCAUUGUUAACGGUUUGAGAGGCCCUCGGUUCUUGGCUGUGGCGAGCAGAGAACUCAAAGCCAUGUGCAGACUGAGCAAAGCAGCAGUUUAUUUAGCAACAGUGCACUCAGGAGGGGGCCCGAGGGGGAAGUGUCCACAGAACAGUUGUGCUGAUAGGAUAGGGAAUUUUUGCCUAAAUGGGAUGCAGGGGCCACUCACCCUAUCCCCCUCUGGGAUCAUCAAUCUGGGUCCAUGCUCAGAGGGGAGUCCUGGUCCUUAUUUGGCAGCUGGUAGAAAAUUGGGGGGCAGGGGUGUCUGUCAAGCCAUCCCCGCCCUCAUCACGCAGGCGCACUAAGUUGUUCCAUCUGCCCCUGCAGGUGUUUCCUGAUGUCCCAGACAGAGUUGAUUCUUCCCAUCAAUUAUCCUAGGCACUGCCUCCUGCCCUAACUCCUAACAGGAUGGGAAAUUUGGAGAUACCAGACAAACCUAUCAACUGUUAGGAGAGAGGUCUCUCCCAAGAUUGCUCCUCAGCACUGGGAUUGUUUUGUAAAUCAGAAUUCCCUUCUGCUCUCACGACUCAACGAUGGUGUGCUUGAACUGCGAGUAACAGCUACCAUCAGAUACUCAGUCGAUUUUUGCUUCAUGGGAUGUUUCCUGUGUGAUUUGUGGAUGGAAAUGGUAGUGAUGAGUUUUACUGUUUGCCAAUUAGCUGGCUUCAUCUCACUGGUCAGCGUGUUUAGUGAGACAGAAGGCUGCUGCCCCUGAGGAUUCUUGGGGCUGUGCCUCUGUCUCUUGGCAUUGGUGGGAACCUGCUACCAGUGAAAUACUUGAAACCCCUCUGGGCCAGGAGCCUCUGACAGCACUCUUCCCAGGUGGGGGUGGGCUAGUCUGAUCAGAUCAAGCACUCUUUCAGCCACAUUCCUUGCUUCAAACUGAAAUUCAGUUUGACUUUGAGUGUAGGGACACUUGGUGACGGAUUCAUCUACUUCAGUGUUUGUUUUGACCAAAAGUUUUAUUUUUCUAGUGCAUUUUCUAAGUCAAAGUGGUGAAAACAUGUAAUUUUAGUAUGCAUGACUGGGCCUUAAUAAAAAUUCCUGUAAGAUUGAGUGUGUGUGAUUUUUCUGUGACAAUGACAAUGUGGAUAAAGUUCUAAGAUUUUAUUAUUCACAGUUCACGAUGGUCUGGGCGGAGCGUCUCCAGCGAGGAAUGAGGGCACUGUGGCCGCUGUAUUCGGUAGAGCUGGCUGCCUCUGCACAUCACAGGCAACUGGAAGACGGCAGUGCGAGGAAGGUGGCGCUAGAUGCACACACAGUGCAGAGGACAUGCAAAUUUUCAAUCCUCAGGGACCACAGUACUUCCACCAGUAAUCUGUCCAGCAAUAGCCAACAAUUCCUGAGUGCUUAUUGGAGACCAAGCAUCAACUGAGUCAAGUGCUCCACACACAUAAUCUCAUUUAAUCUCUAAGCACCUUAAUGAAGUAGGAUUACUGCUGAAGAACAGAAAAGGAGUUGCCCAAGGACACAGCUGGUCAAGUGGCAGAGCUGGGUUCAAGAUGCAAAGGCAGACAGUCUGA